GGCUGUCGUGUGUGCGCUAUCUGUGGUGCUGAAGCUGCGCGUGCCUCUGAGGUUGCUACCAUACAAAUCCACCCGAGCAUCCUUCCGCGAGAGCUCCAGCAGCGAGGGAUGGUUUGCGGUCGACGCUAGGAGAGAUUCAGGAUGUUUCUGCCAGCUCUGGUGAUGUAAUGCGUCUUUUUUCUGUAUCUGCUGACGUUCUCCGGGUUAUUUCUCGUUUUUUUCUGUAAGUGCUGCACACGGCAGACGCGCCUGAAAGCCCAUUUUUCCCUCGGCUCGUCGUGUCUCCGGUGCCGCCUGCCCUGCCUCCUUCGCCGCUCCGUCCUGCAUCCUUUAUGCACAGCACGCUGCUCCGGUCCUCCCCAACAAAGCACACCUUCGUGUCCGAGCACCAUGGCCCGCUCCAGCCGCUUUCACUGAGAGACAUGGAAGCCAAACAGCACCAGAUAAAGAGCCUGAAAAGCUACCCGGAGACCGGCGGUCGGAGCCUGGCAGCGGCCGCCGGAGGAGACGGAGGAGGGGGGUAUCGAGCCGGCUCAGCUGAAAUGGAGAUGGACUCGAAGAUCCAGAAAGCCAUCGAGUUCAAGGCGGAGGGCCAUCGCUGCUACAAGGAGAAGAAGUUCCGGGAAGCGAUAGGCAAGUACCACCGGGCGCUGCUGCAGCUCAAAGGGGUUCAUGUCGUGGACGGCACUACGGGCUCCGAGGUCAACCUGCUCAGCCAAGCCGCGGCCAAGCUGACCGAGGAGCAGAGGAGAGCCGUGGAGAGCACCGAGAUCGAGUGCUACGACAGCCUGACAGCUUGUCUGUUGCAGUCCGAGCUGGUAAACUAUGAGAGAGUGAAGGAGUACUGUCUGAAGGUCCUGAGCCACCAGAGAGACCACUUCAAGGCCAUGUACCGAGCCGGCAUCGCCUUCUAUCACCUGGGUGAUUACGAAUGUGCCCUACGCUACCUGCGUGACGCCAAAAACCGCGAACCCACAGACACCAACGUGCUCCGAUACAUCCAGCUGACAGAGAUGAAGAUGAGCAAGAGUGGACAACGGGAACGAGACAGCGGCAAGGAGACCCAGGGCUAACCUUCGACCUUUCCCCCCUCCUGAACCCUCUGACCUUUCAUCCUACAAGUUGUACCUCCCACUCUCCACUUUCUCUUCCUCCCCUGUUGACUCCUCCUGAUGGCAACCCUGUCAGAAGAGACGCAAUCACCUGCCUGUUACAGACAAACACAUAUCAAGCGCUGUCUGCGACCCACCCUCUUCCUUCUUCCUCUCCCUCUUCUUCUCCCUCUUUCUCCCUCAGGUGCUGUGGUUCCUCUCCCUCGACGCAGUCAGCAAGGAAACUUAAAAAAAAAAAGAAAAAUCAUGAAAAUACAUGGAAGAAGCUGUAAUAUAUACUCAUACAAACCCAUCAUUGUGGUGGAGUCAAAACGAAGCUUCAGCCCAUACACAUGACAGACAGACAUCUGCGUGAUUCAGCAGAUGUUUAAAAAACAUGGAAAGCAUUUUGUUUCUGCUCUCUCGCGCUCUCUUUUUCUCUCCGUUUUAUUCUGAACUCUCGAGGAGAAGUUGGGGGGUCUCGGGAAGCUCGACCACACCGGGAGGAGGGGCAGGGAUGCGUGUGGAAGUGUGUGAAACAGGUUUGGAGAAUAAAAAUGGGUGCGGUGAGGGGGUGUAUAUGUGUAUGAGACACAUGCCAAGACCACAUCCUGAUUUGAUUGUACAUCCUAACCCACCAGGUCUCACUCAGGCCACUUACCCAGACUCUGAGAUGGACUAAUAUAACAAGUAGAAAAAAAAAGCCUGCCUCCGUGCUUAAUCUAUCACUUUUCUGUCUGGAUUUUUCUUUCCUAGAUCCCUUCUAUCUCAGUUUCUUGACUGUUUUUUGAAUUUAAGGGCUAAUUCAAGUGUUUAUAACCCCGUAUUAGGCUUUUUUAAUUUGCUGUCAUACUCAGUAGUGAACAAUCGGUGGUUAAUAGCAUCUGUGUGUGCAGCAAAGAGCCUAAAUUCUCCAAGCGGUUCAUUCCGUUGCCUGAUGUACUUUCGUGCAAACUGGUGUGUCUUGAAUCUGUUGUCCGAACCCCCUCCUGGGUCGUGUGUCGUGUUACUGUUGUUGAGACUGUCGAAGCCCCUCCCUCGCUCCUUCUCAUCAAUUCCACCAUCCUCUGUUCUCCUGUUAAUGAUGUCACAACGGAAAAUAGCCAGUGAGAUCAGACUUCCAUCAGCUGCCGCUGGCUAGAUGGAGAUCCACGAGAAAUCUUUUUCAGAGAGAGAGAGAGAGAGAGACACUUUUAUCCUUUUAUCACUAAUGCUGAGGCUUCCCAGACAUCCAUAAACCACCACGGAGACUCUGGGCAGCGUUAGUGCAGGGAAAACGCACACACACACACACACACAUACACACAUCUGGCCUGAUGGUGCAGACUGCCGUCUUGGAGCACUUCACCUAGAGUGAGUCAUUUGAGAUUUCUCCUGCUUACAGUUUACUGUAUGUUGAUAGAUUAAAACACCUGUGCCGGGCAGAUAACACACAACAUUAGCAUUGCAGACGAUCUGGUUUGUGGAUAUCCAUUACAAGCUGUCAAACUUAUCUUGUGACGUGUGAAGCUGAAUCAUUGAUAUGUGGCUUUUUAUAAUAGCUUUACCACAGGCUUAAAUCUGCCUGCUCUGUUCUGCAGAAGGCUGGAUUGAUCUUUUGUGAGAGCAUGACCUAAAAUAUCCCGUGAAAACCCAGUUUCCUCCUUAUCAUGUGCAAGCCCACCUCCUGCAUGUAACAUGCGGCUCCAGAGCGUUGCUUCAGAUGUUUUGGGAUUGGGAUUAUAUCUGCUCUAUUGCUUUCUGUCAUGGCAUGCUGCCACUCAACUGUUUGCGUAUACCUCUGUUUUAUCCAUUCUGCCCUUUAUAAACACAGAAGGUGGCGACAGACUGUGAUCACAGCAGCAGAAUAGGUAUGAAAUACUUCUUCAAAAUUAGGGUCACCUUCUGCCUUGACUAAAAUAACUGAUUAGUCCACUGCUUAAGAGGCUGAGGAGAAAAUCAAGUCAAAUAACGGCGUUGGGUGAGGCCCCCCCCCCCCUUUCCCCGUUUAUUUCAUUGACCUGCUAUGAGGUAAAUAGGGACCUAAGUGUGUCAAUGGGACUCUGGAGAGACGGCACCACGCGCUGGAGAGACCGGCAUGAAACUGAGAGGCUCCGGUGGAGGGAGAAGUAGGCCAUCAUCAGCCCCACUAAAGCAGCUGCACCUCUAAAUUGGCAGCAAAAAGCAAGUUUUGAGCUUAUUUAUCAUCAUACACUGCACUUAGAAAAAGUGUGUGGACACCUGAGCAUUAAUCUGCAGCCUGAGUUUGCUCCCAUUCAGCCAUGAGAUCAUUAAUGAUGUUGGGCGACGACAAGGCCUGGCUCACAGCCGACGAUGAAAGCGAGGUCUCAGUCUGCAUUGUUGUGCAAGCUGUAGAAUAAGAAAUGUAGCAGCAGCGUGCACCAGAUCAUGAAAAAGCCAAUCAGACGUGCACAAUAUAAACCUCUCUGAGGAACGCAGGCAAAAGUGAUCACAUAAGCAUAAACAUGGCUGUGGCUCAAGAGGUAGAACAGGUCAUUCACUAAUUGAAAAAUUAGUGGUUCAAUCUCUGCCUACUCUAGUCGGCACGCCAAAUCCCAAGUUGCUCUCUACUGUGCACAUCAGCGUGUGAAUGUUAGAUAGAAAGCACAUAGACACAAAGGUGAGCGGAUGAAUCCAAGUAUUGAUACCAGUGCUGUUAUUGGUAAAGAAUCGAUACUUUGUUUCUCUCCUUUUCAGUAAAUAGCCUAACAAAUUGUGUUAAAAUAAUUAUUUUUUGGGAGAUUAAAACAUACACCUUAAACAUGCACUAUAAAAAAUGUCUGAGCCUUUUCGUGCUGACUAUCACAUCUAUUUUAUUUACAGCCUGAAGCACAUUUAAACAACAGAAGUUGAACCAAAGUGCUUUAGAGACGACCACAUUUACAUUCCAGCUCUCCAACAAACACAGUUUCAAAAUACCUGAAAGGCUGCAAGGUGAUUUAGUGGUCAUUAAAAUGUGUUUGGAAUUUGCAAAGUGACAAUGAUCAAUCUCAUAAAUCACAACACACCACUUAAGCCCAAAUAAGCUGCCUUUAUAGGCUAAAACGAUCGAUAUCAGUAUUGGUAUCUGCAAUACUGGCCCGUAUUUACUUGGUAUCGGAUCGAUACCAGAAUUUGCAGCAGAGCACAGCACUACUUCGA